AUGGCUAAAAGCCCCAACAAGGACACAGACUUCCUGGGUGACUUGGCAGGAAGCAGCGGCGAUCUCAGCCUGAGUUCCAGGCGCCUGCCCGGCUCCUUUCCCGCUGCCGCCACGCUCAACUUCUGCACCAUUUUCUCCAAAGGUGUCGUGCUCUGGUGCUUACAGGGCGUGAGCGACUCAGGCACCCGGCUCAUUAACGCGUUGAUUCGUUCGGUACUGCGGCAGGAAAGGGGAGGUAACAACUCCUUCACCCAUGAGGCACUCACGCUCAGGUAUAAACUGGACAACCAGUUUGAGCUGGUGUUUGUGGUAGGUUUUCAGAAGAUCCUAACACUGACGUACGCAGGCAAGUUGAUAGACGCUGUGCACCGGCUGUUUUGUGACCAGUACCGCACUGAGAUCCAACAGCAAAGUGCCUUAAGUCUAUUGAAUGGCACUUUCAAUUGCCAGAAUGACUUUCUGCGGCUCCUUCGUGAAGCAGAGGAGAGCAGUAAGAUCCGUGCUCCCACAACCAUGAAGAAAUUUGAAGAUUCUGAAAAGGCCAAGAAACCUGUGAGGUCCAUGAUUGAGACACGGGGUGAAAAGCCUAAGGAAAAAGCCAAGAACAGCAAAAAAAAAAAAAAAAAAAACAAGGGGACCAAGAAGGAAGGUUCUGAUGGCCCUUUGGCUACCAGCAAAGCAGUCCCUGCAGAAAAGUCAGGUCUCCCAGUGGGGCCUAAGAACGGGAUAGAACUUUCCAAAGAGGAACUGAUCCGCAGGAAGUGAAAAGAGUUCAUUCAGAAGCAUGGGAGGGGUAUGGAGAAGUCCGGCAAGUCCAGUAAGUCAGAUGCUCCCAAGGAGAAGGGCAAAAAAGUGCCUGGGGUGUGGGCACUGGGUGGCACUGCUAACAGAGAAGUCCUGGACUAUUGCACUCCCACCACCAAUGCAGCCCCCGAGGUGGCCCUGGCCAAGGGCAUCAACUUGAUUCGAGGAACUGGGUCUGGGAGGCAGCUUCAGGAUCUGGACUGUAGCAGCUCAGAUGAUGAAGGGGCUGCUCAAAACUCCAUCAAAUCUAGUGCUACCAAGGGGCAUCUGGGUGGCAUGUUUGGGAUGCUGAAGGGCCUUGAGGGUUCCAAGAGCUUGAGUCGUGAAGACAUGGAAUCUGUGCUGGACAAGAUGCGUGACCAUCUCAUUGCUAAGAACGUGGCAGCAGACAUUGCAGUGCAACUCUGUGAAUCUGUGGCCAACAAGCUGGAAGGGAAGGUGAUGGGGACGUUCAGCACGGUGAUUUCCACCGUAAAGCAAGCUCUCCAAGAGUCCCUGGUGCAGAUUCUACAGCCACAGCGCCAUGUAGACAUGCUCCAGGAUAUCAUGGUUGCCCAGCACCAUCAGCGCCCUUAUGUGGUCAUUUUCUGUGAUGUGAACGACGUGGGGAAGUCUAUUAAUCUUGCCAAGAUUUCCUUCUGGCUGUUAGAGAAUGGCUUCAGUGUCCUCAUUGCUGCCUGCGAUACAUUUCGUGCCGGGGCUGUGGAGCAGCUGCGGACACACACCCGGCGUUUGAGUGCCCUACACCCCCCCGAGAAUCACGGCGGCCACACCAUGGUACAGUUGUUUGAGAAGGGCUAUGGCAAGGAUGCUGCUGGCAUUACCAUGGAAGCCGUUGCCUUUGCACAAAACCAAGGUUUUGAUGUGGUGCUGGUGGACACAGCUGGCCGCAUGCAAGACAAUGACCCUCUGAUGACUGCCCUGGCCAAGCUCAUUACUGUCAACGCACCUGACUUGGUGCUGUGUGGGGGGGAGGCCUUAGUAGGCAAUGAGGCCGUGGACCAGCUGGUCAAGUUCAACAGAGCCUUGGCUGACCAUUCUAUGGCCCAGACACCUCGUGUCCUCACCAAAUUUGAUACCAUUGAUGACAAGGUGGGAGCUGCUAUUUCUAUGACCUACAUCACAAGCAAACCCAUCGUCUUUGUGGGCACUGGCCAGAUCUACUGUGACCUACGCAGUCUCAAUGCUAAGGCUGUGGUGGUUGCUCUCAUAAAGGCUUAA